CUUUGUUCCUUCCUUGCUUCUUCUUUUCCUUAAACUUGAACACACCUCAUUCCUUACGAAUCAGUUUAACAAUCUCAACAUGACCUUUGUCGGAACUAUUUACACCUACCCCCAGAACCCUCGUGCGUAUAAAGCCUUGAUCGUAGCCAGAUAUAAUGGUCUCGAAGUCAAAGUUGAUGAAAAGUUCGCCAUGGGUACUACUAAUAGGACGCCUGAAUGGAUUGCAAAAUUUGGCACGUCCCAGGUCCCAGCGUUUGAAGGCAUUGAUGGAACCAUUAUUCUAGAGUCCGGCGCUAUUGCCUUCUACUUGGCCCAUUACAAAGAUGACUCACCGUUGAUUGGCCGUUCCAAAAUUGAAGAGGCUCAUAUUCAGCAGUGGAUCCAGUUUGUCGAUAGCUCAAUCGUCCAUGCCCUUGGUCAGUGGAUCCUGCCAUUGAUUAUGCCUGAACGUGUGCCUUAUAACAAAGUCAUAGAAAACCAGGCGGUCGAAAGCAUUAAGACCCAGCUUCAAAUCCUCGAACGUCAUCUGACUAAGAAGACAUACUUAGUAGGCGAGCGUGUCACCCUUGCUGAUAUCGCCAACGCUACUUCCCUCUACCUCGGCUUUCAGCGCUUAUUUGACCCCAUCUUCCGUAGAGCAUAUCCAGCUGUUACUCGUUGGUUCACUACCAUCGUGAACCAGCCGCAUUUCAAGGCCGUGGCUGGUGAGUUCAAGCUCUGUGAGACCCCCUUGAAGUUCACUCCACCUAAGAAGGAAGCCAAAGAAAAGAACCAAAAAGAGGAAAAGCUCAAAACUGUCCAAGAAGAGAAGAAACCCAAGGUCAAAGAGUCUAAGGAAGAUGAAGUGGAAGAAUCCUUCCAGGAGGCUCCUAAACCAAAAUCCAAGUUGGAUCUAUUGCCUCCUGCCAAGAUGCCAUUGGACGAGUGGAAGCGCCAGUAUUCCAACAACGAUACUCCUGUUGCAAUGAAAUGGCUGUGGGAGAAUAUUGAUUUAACUUCGGAUUAUUCAAUUUGGAAAGUUGAUUACAAAUAUAACGAUGAACUCACCAAACUAUACAUGUCCAACAAUCUUGCCGGUGGUCUGAUGAAUCGUCUCGAGCGGGCACGCAAGUACGCUUUUGGCAGUCUGGUUGUCGCAGGCGAAGACAACAACAACAUCAUUACAGGCUAUUUUAUUGUGCGUGGCAACGCCGAUGAGAUGAUUGAAGAGAUAACUGAUGCUGCUGACUACGACUCCUAUACUUGGAUUAAAGUUAAAGUGGAUGAUGAAGAAAAGAACAAGAUCGACCAAGUAUUCGCUUGGGAAGGUUCUAUCGAUGGCAAGCCCAUCCAGGACGGAAAGGUCUUCAAAUAGAUUUAAAAUCGUAGAUUUAAUAAAUGUGUACCCCGUUACUUUUUAA